AUGAGUUUCUUCGGCGGCCCCUCGUCCCACCGCUCCUCCGCCUCGCGCACCACAAACUCCAGAUCACGACCUACAUUCCCACGCGCACCAUCUUCAACAGCCUCCUUCUUCUCGCGCAACGGAGGCUCGUCGUCCUACUACAAACGACGACCCCGCGAUGGAUAUAUACAGAGCUUAAUCCACAAACUCAAGCGCUUGAUACGCGAGCUCUGGGAGUAUGCACAAAGACACCCGUUCAAGGCUUUUAUGGCUGUGGUGGUGCCGUUGAUCAGUGCUGGGGGUGCUUUGCAUGGUUUGCUCAAGCAGUUUGGAGUCAGGAUACCUUUUGGAUUGGAUGGCAUGUUUGAUACGAGGAGUGGGUAUUCGAGUUAUGGGGCUAGGAGUUAUGGUGCUUAUGAUGGCUAUGGGGAUGGUGUUGGGAAUGUGUUCGGGGGAGGUGGGAUGGAGACUGUGGGGGGUUUGAUGAAGGUUGCGAGGGCGUUCAUGUGA